AUGUGGUAUCAUUAUAUAUUCGGUGUUAUUCUUAUAUUUACUACUUAUUUUGUUUUAUACUAUUUUCAAGUUCAAUCAUCUUCAGCAACGAAUGUAUUAAUCUAUAGUUUUUCAAAAAAAGAUCAAAGCCAUCGUCAUACUGUAAUUAUAUUAGCAAAAACACCUUCAGUUAGAGUUUUAAAACAUUUGAAUGCUUUGGUUCAUGUUGGUGUCGAUGCAUUUGUUAUGUGUGAUGAACAACCAUCAAAGUAUACUAAUGUAACAAAUCGUCUUUUAUAUGUUCAUAAUGAAAGUCUUGCUGAAUAUGGCUUAACUAGAAAUCUUGUUUGGGACCGAGCUUUUGUUUGGUUAUAUAAUCAAACUUCACUAGAUUAUGUUUGGCUGAUGGAAGAAGAUGUUACAUGGACUAAUGUACAUCAUAUAGUAGAUUUUUUUGAUAUAUACACAAAUAAUCAUGCAGAUCUUUUAUCAAGAAAUAUUAUUUACAGAAAUCAAGGAACACUUGGCUGGAUGUGGUGGCCAAAAGUAUUUUUAAAAAUACUUCCAGAAAAUAAAUGGUUAGCUUCACUAAAUAUGAUUUCACGUGUAUCACGUCGAUUAAUCAACGCUCACCAAUACUACGUUCGAAAAUUAUUUUCUGAGCGAAAAAAACUAAACUUAACUCAAUUCGAUAAUAAUUAUUAUCACCAAGAAUUUCUUAUUCCAACUGUUGGUCAUAUGUUUAAUUUAACAAUGCUUAUCUAUGAUCAUUCGAAAAUGGAUGUUUUUUUUCUUGCACUUACUGAAAAUGAUAUUCGUGAUUCACUAGCUUUUGGUAAACGCAUAUUUCAUCCUGUUAAACAUGAUAGUUCAUUAUUAAUCAAUGCUACUUCAAUAAGAAAUCGAAAUUAA